CCAUCUAGGGAAAUUAGCAACACUGUUAGUCUACUUCAAAUUUUUCUUUCUUAUCUGUGUACGCGUUUCGGCUGCCAGAGUUUACUCUGUGAGAAGACACACUAUAUCACAAUGGUUGCCGCCAAGAAACAGAAAAAGACCAUCGAGUCUAUCAAUUCGCGCCUGGCGCUUGUUAUGAAGUCUGGCAAAUACUGCCUCGGCUACAAGCAGACGCUGAAGACGCUUCGCCAAGGCAAGGCUAAGCUGGUCAUCAUCGCCAAGAAUGCUCCGCCUCUAAGGAAAUCUGAGAUUGAAUACUACGCUCUCCUGGCCAAGACUGGAGUCCACCACUACAGCGGCAACAACAUUGAGCUGGGUACUGCCUGCGGAAAGUACUACAGAGUAUGCACCCUGGCUAUCACAGACCCUGGCGACUCUGACAUUAUCACUACCCUCCCUGAGGCGACGGCGUAAUAUGUUUAAUAUAGGCUAAAAACAAA